AUGGACGCGGCGGUGGACGUGUAUGCCGUGCUGGGCGUAGCAAGCGAUGCAGACGCCUCGACUGUGCGCACGGCCUACCUGAACCUUGUGCGCACCAACCACCCCGACAAGGCGCACGGCGACGAAAUUCCGGAGCGCAUCCGGCUGAUUAACGCCGCGUACGAAACGCUGCGUGAUCCCUCGGCGCGCGACGAAUACCUCAAGCGGCGUGCAAUCUACCUCGCACAGAACCAGGCUGCGCGCCCUCCGCGAGUCGCAGACACAGUCGACAUUGAUGCAUUCGACGUCGUGGGCGAUGGCGACGCCAUGCGGUUGGUCUAUCCCUGCCGGUGUGGGCAGCAGUACGUGCUCUGUGCCACCGACUUGGUCGAGUACCUGGAAUGCUCAGGGUGUUCGGAAGUGAUACGGGUGUUGUACGAUAGUGAGGACUAG